AUGACCAAGGGCGGUUCUGAAUCCCGCAUUGAUGUUGGAUAUGAUGUUCACAAUCACUUCAUUCCGAACUACGCAGUCAAGUUCGGUGCAGUUGGUGGGUCCACAACGAGAGUCUUCAAUUUUGACAAUGGUAGGACGAGCGAUGCGAACAACUCGAUAGCUAAUCUAGACGACGACAAUGCCGACGGAGACGAUGACGAUGAGAUCUCCGCUCCGGGCAGGCCCAGCCGCAGCGUUGAGCCAACACAUCGAUACUUUCUAUGCAUCACUUCCGAAGCUAGGUGCUGA